AUGAAACUGGAGUUCUUUCAGAGGAAGUUUUGGACAGCCAGCAGACAGUGUACUGCAUUAGAUGGAAAAUGCUCCAUAAGCUGUGAUGAUGAGCAUAUCAAUUGCUACCUUAUUGACAACAAUGGCUUCAUUCUGGUGGCGGAGGACUACUCUCUGACAGGAACAUUUUUUGGAGAAGCAGAAGGAGCCGUAAUGAGUAAGCUUUUGCAGAUGGGCUCUUUCAAGAGGGUCACUCUUUAUGACUACCAAGCGCUUUGCUGGGUCUUUUCAGAGAGUAGUGACAGCGGGCACACACUGCUGGAUCCCUACUUUGCUUUCUUCUCUGCUGUGAAGUGGAUCCUGACUGAGCUUGUCAUAUUCCUGGUAGAAUUCAACUUGUACAGCUGGUGGAACUGUGACCUGACCUCGAAAGCCCAGAGGAUAGGUCGGUCCAUGCAGGUACCAUGUGACACAGAGUACCCAGCCUUCGUCUCAGAGAGAACCAUCAAAGAGAACACUGGCAACAUCGACUGUGAUGGCUGCUUCAAGUCCUUUGUGAUUCAGCAGAUCCCCAGCAGUAAUCUUUUUAUGGUGGUGGUGGACAGCAAGUGUGACUGCAGCAUGUUUGAGCCAAUUACCAUGGACCCCAUCGAGAUUAUGUAUAAUGAAUCUCUAAAGUGUGAGAGACUUAAGAUGCAAAAAGACAGGAGGCGCCCAGACACCUGUCACCCUUUCCACCCAGAGGAGAACUCGAUGGAGUGUGGAGGAGCCGGGACUCUCACCCCAUGUCUUACGGCAACACUGCUCUGCAUUGUUGUGGCGCUGCUCCCGAGGUGA